UGUGGCUCUCCCUUGCUGGCACACCCCUUGCGUCUACGGAUCGCAGGGCUGCCCGACGCGCUGCGGUGCACUUAUGGGCGGUGCAUCGGCACCCUCGAGCCGCCCGGCUCGUCGCUUGCGCGUCGAACGCGUCGACGUCGCGCGCGACGCUGUAAAGUACGGGUUCGCUUGUGUCGACGCGCGGCUUUUAUUUGCCUGUGCGACGGCCAGAUUGCCCAAAUAAGUCAGCAGCGGGAUUAAAAUACCUCGCACAGCCACCGCGAAGCCAGGCGGCAGCGCAGAGGCAGCCCCGCAUUGCCGCCCGCCGGUGGGCAGCACCAAUCGCAGCAGGCAGCCGCAACCAUGCUCGAACGCUUGAAAACGAAUUUGAAUGAGGCGAAGGACGCCGUCAGGAAGCGCCUCGACCGCCCGAAGGACAAGUACGAGCGGCCCGUGCGGAGCAAGCUCAAGCUCGUCGGCGCGGCCAUCGGAGUAGUCUCUACCAUAGCGUUCACAUAUCACCAUUACGACGCCAUCGUCGUGAGCAACGUCGCCUUCCGCGCCACGAAGUUCCUCGACGUAUUUAUCCCGCCCGCCGCAAAAGAUACAGCAAAUGAAAAACUGAUAAACGCCUACAUGGACGCGCGGUGGAACGUGAUCCGGCAGCGACGCGCGAAAUUCGCGCUCUGGGACUACUGCGACCUUCGCUCUUCCUUGAAAGACGCUCAGCGGCCGACGUCGUGGUCUGAGUUGGUGCAAUUAAGGAUGCGGAAAUGGGGGAAUUUAUUGGAUAAAAGUAAGGACAAGCGCUUCACCAUCGAGAAAGAUAAAUGUGUCAUGUUGCAAAUGCUCGAGACGCUGAAGCUGCCCCAUCCGAAAGUGCGGCGGACGUGGCGGAGCAUCGAGGCGGCUUCAUUGAAGUCUUAUCUGCUUGGACAGGAAUACCCAGCAAUCAUUAAAGUAGGCCACAUCCACCAGCAGAAGAGUACUUUAUAUAUAAAGGACAGCAAAGAAUUGAAGAGAAACGCGGACAAGUACGUCUCGUGGGUCAAAACAAAAAUGGACUCGGUUUUUGAUGACGGGAGUAAGACCUGGGCUUCCGUAACAAAUAAGCUGUACGCACAGACAAGUCCCUGCUUAAUACUGCAAGAUGUGGUCAACCCGGGCAAGGUCUCGGCCGCGUCGGACGGGAAUGAUAUGAGACCGACGGAGGUCCUGGUAGAAGUGAUCUGGGGCGUGCCGCUGCACGGCGUGACCCCGAGUGGAGAUGAAAUUUCGGGCGCCCCACGCCAUCCCCGUGACCGCGUCGGCUCGAUGGCGUGGAGGCUCACGAUAACCUAACUCACUGGUUGAUAUCCACACAGGCGUGACCGUCGUCGAUGUGGUGGGAGAGAUGAUUUUAGGAAAAACACAACAUAAAGAUACGGUCGAAUUUUUAGUACGAACAGAUGGCUGGGCCUGCUACAAGUGGCCGAAGAACCGGGCUCCUGGGCAGUGGUUCGGGAAGUGGUAUGUUAAUGAUCACUCGCACAUCCGCGCGCACCGCAAGACCCAGGAGACGUGGUUCAAGACCAAGGAUCCGUCGCUUCACGAUCGGGGCUGGCGGCGGACUUGUAGAGGCCUUGGGUCGCUGGAGUACAGUCGGUGCAUCCGCGAGUACCGCUACGUCCAGGGGUUAUUCUGGGCCAAGUUCUCGUCCUCGUUGGUUGAGCAUUUACCAAAGGUCUGGGACACGUGUUCGAGGCUGGCCCAGGGCGUCGGCGCCGACUACCUGCGCUGCGACGUUUUUGUUACUGGUGGCAAGGUCGACGUGAACGAGAUCUCGCUGUCGUCCUACUGGGGCAACACGCUCUCGGACGCGUGGCAGCGGCGGUUCGUGGACCUGUGGAUCGACGGCUACCUGCCGGCCGACGACGGGGGCGGCGCGGCGUUCGGGACGGUGUACUCCGGGGAGAUCCCGUCGCCGACCUACGCUGUGUAACAUGGUAGUCUUACUUACUUACACACACUUCUAGUCAUCACCGCCAUACGGGUC